AUGGAUGAUGGGAGUGCCUCGUGGGGGAGUGGGAAAGGCUGGAGGAGGAGGAGAGCAGCCACCACCACCACCACCACACCAGCACCACCACUACUCUACAUCGAUCCAGCCGUGCGGCGCGGGCACUGGCAGCGGUGUAAACCCAAGCUUGCUUGGUCCGUGUGCUGUGCAGUAGGGCUGGUUGUCUGCACCGUCCGCGUGGUUAUCGCUUCCGCGCUAGAGUCAAACUUUUCGUUCUUAAAACACAUACAAACAGCUUAG